CUUUUGCUCUGCUUUCUAUGCUUUUCUGACAUGUUAAUCGCUAAAGCAUUUACCUUUCUUUUGGAUUCUUGUUUCUGAUUUCUGGGUAUUGCUUAUAUGUGUCUCCAUUUCUUGAAUGUUGAAGAGAAUAGAAUGAGCCUUUCUGAUUUUCUGAUGGGGUAAAUUCAGACUUGGAAAUCAAAGAUGUUGGUUAUGGAAUCAAGUGGCAGUGCUACGCGAAUUAAGAAGUGUGCCUUUGAUCUGCUAUCAAUCGGGGAUGACCUUAUGGAUGACGCAGACUCUUGGGAUCUAUUCAGAAGGGAUCUAACCCUGAAGUCCACGUUCUUGUACUGUGAUUUCAGUCAGAUUAUCUCAAAUGCCCCAAAGGACCAAAAGAAGGAUCUUACUGAGCUUGGUAACAAGUUGUUUUGCUCCAUUGAGGAGUUGGACGUAGCAGUGAAGAUUCAAAACAUUUCUUUGACCCAAGAUCGUUACAACGAUGCUGCUAUCAUUUUACAAGAGGUGGUGGCGAUCAUGCCUUGAGACGCGCCUCUGGUCUUUACAUACACAGUCAAUAAAUAUGUUUUCAAGUUGUACAUACCAAGUUUAUGCUAAUUAGUUUCUACACAGAAUUAGCUUAUGGAAGUUGGGACUUUGUAAUUGAUUUUGGUGAUUUAACUGAUGCCAUUUUCCCAGGGAUGUCUUGUGGUAAUUCAUGGACAAACCAGCCAAAUCCAGCAUAGCUGUUGAGUUGAACAGCAUGCAAGGCCAGUUCUUAAUUUGUUGACAUACAAUAGUUAUCCAUUGACAUAGACUGAGCUAGCUUAACCUGCUUGAGAGUCUGAUCAACAACAAAAGAUGAGCAAACUGAAAACAAAUGUUGACUUCGUUCAACUCUUGGAAGCAGAAGG